GUUGAGAUGUGAAUGUUUAAUGAAACGUACAAAUAGAUGGAUCGUGGUUUAACAGUUUGCAGAUAGAUACAGUUUUUAGUUGUACUGACCAUCAGCAUGCCUCACCCUCCGCUUAAGAUUGACUUACAUACACACAUUCUACCGGAAUCAUGGCCUGACUUGGAAAAAAGAUACGGAUAUGGCGGGUGGGUGAAACUGGAAAUAAAAAAUGGGAAUGGUUACAUGAUGAAGGAUGGAAAGCUAUUCAGGCGGGUUGAUGAGAACUGUUGGAAUGUUCACCAUCGAAUUAAAGAAAUGAACUUCACAGGAGUCAAUUAUCAGGUCUUAUCCACCGUCCCAGUCAUGUUCAGCUACUGGGCUGAAGCCGACCACGCGAAUGAAGUUAGCCAGUUUCUGAACAACCACAUUUCCGCAACUGUCGAUAAGCACCCUGACCGCUUCAUGGCCCUGGGAACGCUUCCUCUACAGAGCCCCGCCCUCUCCGUCGCCGAAAUUCAGAGGUGUAAAAAAGAGUUGGGUCUCCCAGGUUUUCAGAUUGGGUCGCACGUAAAUGAUUGGAACUUGGAUGCUGACGAAUUGGAACCGGUCUUUCAGGCCUUGGUGGAUAAUGACUGCUGUCUGUUCAUCCAUCCAUGGGACAUGGAGACCAAGCGAUUGGAUCAGUACUUUUUACCCUGGCUCGUUGGAAUGCCAACGGAGUCAACAACGGCCAUCUGCAGUCUCAUAUUUGGGGGCGUUCUUGAGAAGUUCCCGAAACUUCGAGUGUGCGUUGCGCAUGGAGGUGGAAGUUUUCCAUACACGUUGGGAAGAUUGGAGCAUGGUUAUCACUCGAUACCUGAACUUUGUGCUACCAAGUGCAAGCUAACUCCAAAACAAUUUGUUGGACGGUUGUAUUUUGAUUCGCUGGUGCACGAUUCGGAGGCGCUCAAGUUCCUGGUACAAACAAUGGGAGAGGAUCAGGUAAUCUUAGGAAGCGACUAUCCCUUCAGACUGGGUGAAAAUAAACCAGGAUUAUUGAUUGAAAGUAUUGAUUCAUUCAGUCAAACUACUAAGAACCAACUUCUAGGAUUGAACGCCCUAAACUUUUUAGGAGUUGACAGGACAAAAUGUUGUCAGGAAAACCUCUUCAAUUAGACCAACACUUUCUACGUUUUACUGCAAAUUUCGUUUAUAUAUUCUAAAAAACUCUCAAUUUUGAAUAUUAUUGAUAAUAUUAUAAUUAUAUACAAUUUGAAAAAAAUGAUUAUUUU